CUUGCCUUGGUUUCACGCCCUAAGUGUGAUUCAUUCAGUGUCACCGAUAUUUCCUCCCUCUCUCCUCUCCCCUCUUCCACCUUCUUUUAUCUUUACAUUAUCCAAGAAGAAAGAGUCUGAAGAGUUGCCUUGUUCUUCUUUUUGCUCAUUUCCUAUUGGACGCUAAGAAUCUCCCCUUUUUUUGCUUUUUCCCGUCAAUCCUUUUUGACAAGGGCGACGCUCGUGCCAGACGCUAGCGGAGAGCUUGUCACUGGAAAAGACUGGAGAUAAACAGGCACAGGGAAUCGUUAAGGGCGCGUCGCAGAACCCAAGGCUCGCUCUACAACAAAGACUGGAGAGAAUCGUCCGGCUUCAGGCAACCAACAACCGCUGAAAGAGUCAUUCAAAGACAGGCGAGUAGUACAGAUCGACUAUUCAAUCAUCGGAUGCUUGCAUUUGAUUCUUUCUUUGGCAACGGCAGCUUUAUCGGACAGCUGCGCAGUUUGGUGGACAUGGCGACCUCACAAUCCUCUUCUACCUCUUCAACUUCACCGUCGCGCAACGGUAACGCCAACGGUGUAUCACUGGACACAACGCCCUGCACUUCGCAAGCGCCCAUUGUCGCCCCGCGAAAAAGGCGUCCGCAGCGCAUCUACCGGCCCGCAAAGAACUCGCUCUACGACAUCUUCCAGCAGCACGCCGGCACAUCGCUCUUUGUGCGACCUAUUUGCUGGACGGAUUUGCACGCUCAGCUGCUUGGCGCGAGAUGGGAGGAACUGCCGCCAUGCGAUACGCCUCACCCGUCAGCGGCCCCAGGCACGCCACCAUCGCGAGGACACUUGAGUCCAUCGAAUACCAUCAUCAGCCUUAGCAACGCGCUCACGCAGAUUCUCCUGCCCGACCCAUUGCAUCCUAUUCUAUCCUCCAACGCUGUCAAGUCGGUCCUCAACACUCUGUGGCCUACACCUUUCAACAAGCCGCAGUACCUGCCCGAGCUUCAUCUAUACUUUGGCGGUCGCGUUUACCGUGAUGCUGUACGCGCGCAGCUUAUGUGGAAUUACCCCUCUGAAGAGGCAAAGUCUUCAUACUCUUCAUUCAAAUCAGUUUCAACGCGACCCGCUGAAUCAUUCAACAUCUCGACACAGUCUUCGCCAAACUACAGCCCCGCCAACCUACCCAUGAUCUGUUACAUCGGCAAGACUCAAUUGGCUUCAGUCCGAAACAACCUUUUCCGCGUCGCUUCUGGACCUGGACGAACAUGGAACGAGCCCGUGUUUCGCCUCCAGCAACUGCGAGCCCGCAUCCUCGUACCUUCAAAUUCCGAUCACGAUGCUCAUUUUGUGGGCGUCUUUCUAGGGAUGGCGCAGAAGCACUUCUACCCUAACCCACCUAUCAGUGGCAGACGCGACUCGCGCAUUUCACCAGGACAGGGCAUCCCUCCAAGCCCCAACUUCCACGACAUCAAGUUGAAGAUUCUCACUCACGACAUUGAUACGUCUGAGUUUAUUGUCUACACUGGACACAUCACAAAGGAGUUCCUGGAGAAGUUCCACGAUCCCUUCAAGGCUCCAGCUGACGAUGACGACGCUAUUGUUUCUGGUCUCAAGAUUGAGUACACAAGAGUUCCUAUCUGGCCGAUUCUUGGACUCAGAGAGAGACUAGGCAAAGCUCUAGGCCAAGAGAUUGUCGGAACAUUCAACCCAGAUGAGAUAGAGACAUGGGAGAAAGAUCCUGAGAAACCAACUGGCGAGAAGCGCAAGCGAGAUGUCCUCACCGAGGUCGUCAGCAGUAGCUACGAGGAAGAGACCGAGGAAGAGCCAGCAAUCGUUUCCAAGAAACGCUGUCUAAACGAGGGCACACCUGUGGGCGUGGUGAUGUGAAAGCAAGCUACAUGCAGCGUAUGUAUGAUAUCUAAGAUGGGAUGGAUAUACCCCCACGGUUUAAUUUUUGAGGGCAACAGGACGCAUUCGGUAUACACAAUACAUUUUGGCUGGGGCUGUACUAUCUUUGGGGAUUGCAUGAAGACUCAAAUCUGCCUCACAGGCACGCAUGACAUGGGCAACGGCGCAGGGUUAUCAGAUAGUUGACGGCGCAAGGUCAGGACAUCAGGGUAUGUAUGAGCAACAAACAAACAGCAUUUGGCUUUUUGGGGGACUGGCUACGAAUUGAAUUGAGCUUUUCAGAGGGAUUGAAGUGAGGGAUGGAUUAAGGGCAUGUACAUAUGCCUUUCUUGUGGUUUUUGAUCUUUUCUAGCGAGAUGGACUGCGUUUGAUGACGAAUUCAACGACAUUUUCUUGAGCUGGCUUUGACUCUUUGAUCUCAGUUGCUGUUUGGGUUGUUCGCGGGGUAGAGCAUUUCUGACCAUUAGUAGGCUCGACACGAGCCCUUCAACUUGGAAGCCAACUCGCAAGGAACCACUUGUCAGAGAGAAACACAUGUUUAUUCAUUCCUCUUAAACCUCACGGACUCAAUCCGAACCUCGGGAUGCCGCACGACUACACCAUCUUCUUUACUCUGCUUACAAGAAUGCGGAGAUAUUUGAGUUUUCCUCCAUACCUUGAACCGAACUUGCACCUGCAUAUCUUUAGUGUUCUUUUAGGAAUGGUAUCGUGAGAGCUUCCUAUUUCGAACAUCGGAGAGUGGUUGUGCGUGUGAUACGGAGUAGAUCAGCGAUUUUUAGUUCAGGUGUAAUAAUCCCCAGGUAUUGAUCGUAAAUGUUACCACUUCAAUACAGGCCUGGUUAUAGUACCUUGUUUCUGGAUAAGGCUGAGUUGGGUUGGGUUUGGGCUUUUACCCGGUAAUUAACAAGGUUUUUUGUUUCUACCGCUUAAUUUGUUUCAAUGGUAACAGGCUGGGGUUGAUUAUGUGCGAUGACGUUCUUGAUGCGAAUGUGAGAACAAGGGGGAUAUUGGUUCUAAACGCGGGAUAGAAAUGGUAGAUAAUGAAGGGAUUACUCAAAAGAGACAUUAAUCCCUCAUAAGAACAAUAACAUACUCGU